GUAAUGGCGACGGAUUCGGACACGAAUGCUAUCGCCGAUUUUGAUAUAGAUGAAGUUAUAGAUUGGGACAAGCACGAUAUUCCUUCAAAGGACAUUGAGUUUGACCACCUUCAAAGUUUGAAUGUAGCAGCAUCCAAUGUUGUAUCAACACCCACUACGCAAUCAUCAGCAUCAAAUUCUCGGAACAGUGGAGGAAAUGAAAGUCUGGUCCUGGACAGGAGCUUGCAUCACAGUCGUGACCCUGGAACAGCUAUUGUCAGUUUACCUCAAGUUCCACAAGCCUCUGCUAUAAAUCCAGUAUUUCCUGGAGACCCUAGUUCUUUGUUAAAUGAUAUCCGUCAAGAGUACCUUCAUGCACAGAGUCUUGGUGGACGUUCUAGGACACCACCAACUCCAACUUUUCCAUCAGAGAACUUUGAUUUACCUCCAAUUACACCACUAGGAUCAAUGCAUGGUCAUUCAACCUUUCCUGUUGGUCAGCAGCCCCUGAGAAUGGCCCUUUUGGCAAAUCUCAAUAGGCCAACAACAGUCCAACCACCAAUGCCCUCAUUUGUGCAGACAAACCUCCCUCCAUCCUUGAUCAGUGUUAGUAUGAAUACUCAGCUUCAGUCAAUUGGGGGUGACUCCAAUAUUGAGCAACUCAUUGAUGAAAUUGUCGAGCGAGAUAUGCCUCAAGGUGUCAGUGAGCCAAUAGUUUUCACACCUCAAGUUCCACAGGAGCCAAAUCCUUCUACAGCACAUUUACAGAUGGCAUCGAAUGCCUUACAAAAGGGCAUUUCCACAGGACCUGUUCGCUCAUCAAGUCCUGGACAGUUGUCAGUUGCUCCAACAGUUCCAGGAGUAAAAAAUACAUUACCUCUUGGAGUAGUAACAGGAGGAAGCCCUCUAAAUAGUGCCAGUAGUCCAGGGAGUCCACUGGCAUCAUCAAGAAGUCCAAGUCCCAAUAUAAAACAAACAAACCAUGCUGGAAAAUUGUCUGCUUCAGUAAGGUCCACAAAUCAAUCUGUGAGACACCCAUCACCCAGUAUGCAGCCUGGCUCUCCUCUGCAGAAUAUGGGGGGGUUGUCUCCUUCUCAGUCAUCAGUAAAAGCCACAAGGACAUAUACUUCGCAUAGCCCCCAGAUUCUAACAAGUUCACAGAUGCUACAGAUGGCUGUUCCAUCAGUUGUGGCAUCUUCAAGCAGCAAAGGUGGAUCAUCUCUUUCUCAAUUUGGGGUAAACUCAGCAAAGCUUACAACAAAUAGUGUUCCUGUUAAAAGUAAUGUGGAAGGAACAAGUGUGAAUUCUCAGAGUUCUAGAAUUACCAUGUCAGCACCUGCAGUUCAAUCACCUAAUCUACAGUUGCAGGGAGAAAACAUAGCUACUCAUAAUAUGGGUGUUUCUGGUACAAAUCCCAACAACUUGUCUGCACAGAAAAUUUUGCAAGGGACUAUUAUAAACCCAAUUGGUACCCAGGCUGGUGUAAAACACAAUCAAACUAAUCCGUUACAAGCUUUCACAUCAAACCCUGCAUUGUUGAGUCAGCUUGUGAAAGCCAUUGGACAGCCCAAGCAACAGGGAGCUACUAGUCAGACUGUAGCAUCAACAGGAAAUAUUCAGACUGGUCAACCACUUAUUUGUUAUGUUGUUCCACAAAACCCAACAUCAGGAGCUCAGAGUUCACAAGUCACCAAAUCAUCUCUUCCUGUAACAGCAUCAAAUCAGCCUGUAAAAAUGAUUUUAGUUAAUGCAAAUUCAACUCUUAAAUCACCUGUGUCAGUGAAACAGCAACCAAUGAAAAUGACAUUAAUGAAUGCAGCUAACCCUGGUUUGAAUUCCAAGACUGUGUUACCUUUUUCUCAGCAAGGAGGAGCUAAUGUUCAACUGGAAGCUAUCUCAAAUCCAAGCAUUACUAAAAUAUCCUCAUUUGCAAAAUCUGAUCCUUUAUCUGUAAGUGGAGUUAAUGGUGAAACAAUCAUGGUGCAAAAUAAUGCAGAACCCUUUAUGCAGUUGGGUACAACAGAGCAAAAGAUAUCUCCAGGGUUGUUUGGAAAUAAUCCACUUGGUAAACAAAGCUCAAAUACUGUUGGAUCCACACAGCCAAGUAGUAUACCUCUGCAACAAACACCUUUGCCAGGUAGUGGUAAUGUAGUUCAGAUAACAUUUGUCAAUGAGGCAACAGCAAUUAGUCAAGUGGUUGCUGCCACUCCCACAUCUACAUUGUCAUCAACAUCAGGUGCAAGCCAGGCUCUGUCACCAGUGAACAUCAAACCAUCUGUGUCAGGCUUUGCAGAAGAUCAGAUGUCAUCACCACAAGUUGCAUUAGGUUCUAGCACAGAGCCAAUAAUUAGUGGGAAUCUCCAGGACAGUGAAGAUGACGAUGAUGAUGAUAGUACACCUUUAUCGCAAGUUGCAGAAAGCCUAAAGAAGGUGACUGGUGCUCAUGAUGUUAAGAGAAAAAAAAAGAAAAAGAAAGAUAAAGGAACUAAACGAAAAAAAAGAGACAAAGAUAGUCUGGAUCUUAACAAGCCUCUUACAGCUUAUGAGCUGUUCUUCAAGGAGACACAGGCAACCAUUCGCUCAAAAAACCCUGCGGCUCAGUUUGAAGACAUUAGGAAAAUUGUGGACCAGAUGUGGGAAAACUUAACUGAAAACAACAAAAAGGCUUUGCAAGAGAAAGCACAGCAGGAAUAUAAAAAAUCACAAGAGGAACACAAAGCUAAAACGUUCUUUCAAGAGGAAGAACCAAGUGUAAAACUCAGGAAGAGUGAUAGAACUGAUUCUAUACAAUCACCCAGUGUGGAUGUACCUGUUACAUUGGAACCUAACAAAGACACUCCUGCUGUGACUGUCAGUAAACCCUUGAGCCGUACUCUAAGUCAGACUCCUAUGGCUGAAAAGCCAGUAGCAACUGUACCUCCAAUGGCAGCUAGCAAGGCACCAACCGGCACAACAACUCAGUCAACAGUCAACAACCCAGUCUCUACAAAGACCAAGAAGAGCAAAGUUACAGUGAAGCCAAUAACUCAACGAAUGUGUUUGUGCAAUGGCUGCAACAAGCCAGCAAGUACAACAAAGGAACGUGGCACUCAAUACUGUAGUAAUGAGUGUAUUGUCAAACACUGCAGAAUGGUUUUCACUUUGUGGGUUGAACAGAGGAACAUGAAGUCAGACACCAGCUGAUACAGCUCUUAUUCU